AUGAAUGUCUUCAGGCUUGCUGGUGAUAUGUCGCAUUUGCUUGCCAUAAUUUUGCUCCUUGUUAAAAUUUGGAAAACUCGUUCCUGUUCUGGCCUGUCGGGAAAAACCCAACUGAUGUUUGCUUUGGUCUUCACUACCCGAUAUCUCGAUCUCUUCCUCUACUUCGUGUCUACAUACAAUACAUUGAUGAAGAUCGCAUUCAUUAUUCUUUCGUACCUUACGUGCUAUUUUAUGUUCUUCAAAUUCAAGACGACUUACGAUAAGGGAGACGACAACUUUCAAGCCUUAUACCUUCUCAUCCUUGCUGCCGCUCUUGCUUUGUUGGUCAAUCACCAUUUAACACCCAUCGAGGUUUUGUGGACCUUUUCCAUUUACUUGGAGGCAGUUGCCAUCCUACCACAGCUCUACAUGAUCACCAAGACAGGGGAGGCGGAGACCAUCACGGCGCACUACCUCUUUGCACUGGGCUCCUAUCGCGCUCUCUAUAUCUUCAAUUGGAUCUACCGCUACGUAAAUGAAGACACCUAUGAGCUCAUUGCAAUUGUUGCAGGCAGCAUCCAAACCAUCCUUUAUGUCGACUUCUUUUACCUCUACGUCACUCGUGGUGCGUCUCCUUGCUUGCUUGUCUAUUGCUCAUCUAAUGCUGUUAGCAAUCUUGAUUGA